CUAUUACGUACGGUGGUGCGUACGAGUUGUACCAUUCCAACCAGCUUUUUGCUGAAAAAACAAAAAGCAACAUCUUCAUGAUUCAUGAUAACUUAUCAACAAAUUCCUCUGUAUGGUAGACGCUGCAGUAAUCUACACUAGAAUGGUCAACCGCGUGUAUUGCCAGCGGAUUAAUGCCACAGGAUGAAGCCUAAGAAUGAUAACUUCAUCAAAAAGAAGAUAGUAUCUGUGUUGGUUCUUCAUUACGUGCUGACUUGCUGGUCGCUUUCCCUAUCUUACCAAACCAAGUUACUUGUACGACAGAUCCGGUCGCAGCCAAACAAUGUGACCCAUACACUGAAUGUCAUAGCCCAGAUAGACACCAAGAACGAUGCCGAACAUGUUCAGAAACCCAUAGGUCCUGUAAAUUUUGAUAAGGGCUUCUCAAACGUUAUCGUGGCUGCUCUAAGAGUGUGCGGCAAUGCGAACAAGCACGAGUUAGCCCUGGAACUUUACAAGAAGUAUCCUUCAGAAUCCGCCCGCGCCAUGAUGAUAUCGGUGUUGGGAGGCUCUGGUCAACUUGCAAAAGCGGUGGAUCUUCUAGAGGAUAAUUUUUGCCCCCCGACCGCAGCGAGUUUCAAUGCUGCAAUUGCUGCCUGUGGAAAGGCCAAAAAUUGGGAACUAGCCCUCGAUAUUUAUCAAAACAAAUUACCGAAGCAACAUUCAUCGACUCUUAGCACAAACGCACUGUUGACAGUUUUGGCGAAGUGUCGCAAGGGAGUACAGGCGCUUGAGAUUCUUCACGAAAUGGUUCCUUCACCAACCAACUCAUCUGCCGGUUGCGAUAGCGUCACUUACUCGUUGAUCAUCAGUGCAUUGGUUCGCUCGAAUAUGCUCGAUGAGGCCACUAAGAUUCUCGAAAGCUUGGAACACCCAACGCACAAUUGCAGCGCAAAAAGUAUCGAAGCGAUGAAUGACAUGGUGUUGUCGGCAUAUAGCCAACGUUCCGAUUGGAGUGGCAUGGAACGCUUGGAACGAAUUCGUCAGAAAAAUAAUGGCCUUGUACACAACCAAAAACUUGAAAAUUCAAAACUUGUAACACCAAUCAUUCAAAGCGACUACCGCUUUCACAAAUGGGAGGGUAUAAGAAAAGUGGGUAAAGGUAAAGAAUCCUAUUGGAUGAUAGGGACAUAUCUGGACAGGAUUGAUGGCAUGAACGUCACAAUCGGUUUACGCCCGCAUCGCAAUCCAUCGAGAAACGGAAUUCAACUCCUUUUCUUUGAGAAUGCCUUCGAGGAUGAGACACAGUCUUGGACACAGCAGAAAAUUGGGUUCCUAUUGAUGAAAAAUAACGCGAAUGAUCGAACAAGUUCACUUUUGGGAAUGUUUUUAAAACCAACGAAGCGCGGUCGCGGUAUCUCCAAAGUUUGUCUAUCUUUGUGGAUUUGGCUCUGUCUAAAAGCUUCGAUUGUUCCUGUCACAGGAAUCAUUCAAAAACCUUUAUUAGCACUGAUCUUGCAACACACUUUUGGAUAUACUGGUCCCACCGAGAGCGAUGCACAUGGCGGUGUUUUGGUAGAGCUCUCCAAAGAUUCAGAAGAUCCAGACUGUGUAGUUCUUUCUCCAUUAAAUGGUAAAAGUCUUGAAGGAGCAUUUGGGCCUUGGGACAUGAAGCGCCAGAACAUCAAAAUUACUUCGCAACAGCUCUCAGUUAGAGGAAGGGUUGUGAGGAUUGGAUGUAAAUUGUAUCCUCCCUCAGAUCUUAUGAAUCUAAAGGUUGUUUGCGAUGAAUUCUUAACAGCAGAUUGUUGGGAAUGUGACUUGACCUCAAAAAUAAUCGACAAUGUUCUCUUAGGCAAGACAAUGUAACUUACAUUUAGAGAUUCAGUUUUUAUGGAUACGAAAACAAUGAAAAUAUACUUUUACU